AUGGCGCUUCCUCCCAUCAUCACUGCAACUUUGCAGUCCGCUGCCCUCAGCGGCACUUCGAACAUACUGGCCCAAGUCCUCACGGCCUACCAGACCGAUCAACAACUCGUCAUCGACUGGGUCCCCGUCUUCCAGUUCAUCAUCUUCACCCUCCUCAGCACGCCGCCAAACUUCCUAUGGCAAGGUUUCCUCGAAGAGAGCUUCCCGGCCUACCACGUCUCGCCCACCAAGAAGGCCAUCGCCUCGGCCGCGGCCAACGACGAGAAAGCGCUCGACCGCGAGGCGCGCGAGGAUAAGCUCGUGGAGCCCAAGCUCAACAUCCGCAACACGCUCAUCAAGCUGGUCCUCGACCAGACCGUCGGCGCCGCGCUCAACACGCUCGCGUUCAGCAUGUUUAUGCAUAGUAUCCAGACGGCCAUGGUGCGCCCGGAGCACCUUGCGGCCGCGCAGCACUCGGGAACGUUCUUGUUCUCGCGCGGUGCCGUCGAUUAUAGCAAUGUUGACUGGCGGUCCGUCGUGCACAAGAGCCAGCUUGAGUUUGUGCCCAUCUUCAUUGCGGGCUUGAAGCUGUGGCCCAUGGUCAGCCUGGUGAACUUUGCCUUUAUCAAGAGCAUUGAGGGUAGAAACUUGGUUGGUUCUCUUGCGGGUGUCGUUUGGGGUAUUUACAUGAGUCUGGUUGCUGCGCGAUAA